AUGACCCGCCUAUGGACGACACUGGGAUUUCUGAGUCUGGUUCUGGCGAAACGACCGAACAUACUUUUUAUUAUCACAGAUGACCAGGACCUGCAUAUGACACCCACGGAGGUGAUGCCUCUUCUGCACGAAAAUGUUGUCACCCAAGGAGCUACUUUGGCAGCACAUUUCUGCACCGUUGCGGUCUGUUGCCCAUCACGCGCAACUCUCUGGACAGGCAGAGCUGGUCAUAAUCACAAUGUGACCGAUGUCAGCCCUCCUUAUGGAGGCUAUCCCAAGGUCGUCUCUCAGGGUUGGAACGAUAACAACCUGUUUUUAUGGAUGCAAGCAGCCGGCUAUAGCACCUAUUACACGGGAAAGCUGUGGAACGCGCACACAGUCAACAAUUAUGAUGCUCCGCUAGCGAAGGGCUUCAAUGGAUCUGAUUUUCUGCUCGAUCCUUUCACAUAUAACUACAACGCACCUGUCAUGAGCAGAAACGGAGGUGCACCGGUCCACUACUUGGGCAAUUAUUCUACUGAUCUGAUUGCCCAAAAGGCUCGCAAUUUCCUUACUGAGGCUCAAAAGCAUGAUCAGCCAUGGUUCUUGACCGUUGCGCCGAUUGCACCUCAUGCCGUCAACGUCGUUGAAGAAUCUUCGGACUCAAGGUGGUUUGGACCUCCAGUGCCAGCGGUUCGGCAUGCGCAUCUUUUCACAGACUAUAAGAUACCUAGGGGCGAGUCAUUCAAUAAGCCGAUACUAGGAGCUCCAAGCUGGCCCGGCCAAUUAUUACCGAUGAAGAAUGACAUCUUGUCUUAUCACGACGAAUUUCAGAGGCUGCGACUAAGGUCGUUGGUAGCAGUGGAUGAGAUGGUAGGGGCGUUGGUGCAACAGCUGAAUGAUACAGGAGACCUCAACAACACAUUCAUUUUUUACACCACUGAUAAUGGCUUUCACGUGGCCCAGCAUGCGAUGUUGCCCGGAAAAAGCUGUGGCUAUGAUACCGAUAUCCACAUACCGCUAUACGUUCGAGGACCUGGCGUUGAGGCUGGAAGCACGCUUGAUGCAGUGACGAGUCAUACAGACAUUGCGCCAACACUUCUAAAUAUUGCAGGAGCUCCACUGGAUCCAGAUCUUGACGGUCGACCAGUGCCUCUAGACCAAGUAUCAGCGCAGCACGGCCCUGCAGAGCAUGCGAGUAUCGAGUUUUGGGGUUAUGCUGCACCUGAAGGCGCUUUUGGAUGGAAGAACAUCUCUGGGGUUAACUACAAUGUCAAUUGGAACAACACUUUCAAGGCGGUUCGAUUGGUGUCGAAGGACUAUAGUCUUUACUAUUCGGUGUGGUGCUCAAACGAAGCCGAGCUUUAUGACCUCAAGAGAGAUCCAUUCCAGACAAAGAAUCUGCUCGGCACAGGAGUUGACACGUCGGAGGAGCUAGCUAUUGCUGAUCGCCCACAAGAGUUUAUCGUGAGCCGUCUUGAUACUUUAACCAUGGUAUUGAAGUCCUGUAAAGGCGACGUGUGUCGAGAUCCAUGGGGUCACCUACACCCCGACGGCAAGGUUAGAACUCUCCGGGAUGCUUUAAGCGCGGAUUUGGAUGGUUUCUACACAGCCCAGCCGAAAGUUGCCUUUUCUCGGUGCGAACUUGGCUAUCUUCUGGAUGCUGAAGGGCCGCAGGACGCCAAUGUCUAUGGAGGCACAAGCCGUCAGCGAAGAAGAGGAGAAACGUACUAUGGGGAUGAAUUCCACAUGUGGACGUAG